GCGCAGCAUCUCUGCAACCACCCUGCCAUGGCCCGAUGCGAUGGCAUCACCGGCGGACUUUGUUGAGGACCUCUCAGAUGACGUUCUGUCGCGGGUACUUCUGCAUUUGGCCGCGCGAGAUGCUCUGCCCUUUGCGGCGGCGUCCCGGGCGAUGCGGGUGGCUGCCGACGCUACGGCGCGGCGCGUCUAUGCCCAGGCCUUCGGCUGCGCGGAGCUGGCGGCGAGCUUCGCGCCGGGGCUGGCGCAAGGCAGGGCCAAGCUCUUCGCCCGCCUGGACCGCGCCAGGUCUCCCAACCCGCAGUGCGUGAGAGAGACCUUCGCCUGGGCUGCCGGGUUCGGGUACUGCAGCUUCCUGUCCUCCACGGCGAAGCUGGCUUCCGACGCCUGGCCUCCGGCGGCGAGAGAGGCGCUGCUGAAUGGCCGCCCCCAGGGCGGCCCGCCUCUGUGGCGAGCAGCGAAGCGCCGGCAGCCGAAGGCGCUGGCCCUGCUGCUGGAGCUGCGCGCCGACGCGGAGUCCAGCAGAGGGGGCACCACGGCGCUGUUCUGGUGCGCGCGGCAUGGGGACGUCUCUGCCGUGGAGCUUCUGCUCAGCGCCGGGGCCUCGCCGCUCCUCGUGGCCAAGGAGGCGAACGCAGGCAAUGGCCACACUGGCCCCCGGUACCCGGCGGAGUGUGCCCUUUCUGCUGCCCUGCAGGCGCCCAUGGAGCGACCGUCGAGUGAGCGGCUGAGGGCUAUGCAGCUGAUGGCGCAGAGUCUCAGCAGUGCCCAGCGCGAGGAGGGGGCGGCCUGCCGGGCUCUGCUCACGGCCUGCGACGCGGGGGCGGCGAGCUACGUGUCAGUGCUGGUGGAGUGCCACAUCGGGGCCGUCCCCCAAGGGGCCCAAGGGGCCCAAACCGAGGAGGAGACCCCGGUGCUUGUUGCCCUGAGCCGCGGCUUCUCGGAGGUGGCAGAGCUGUUGUUGCUCAAGGACCCCAGGGCCGCGGGGUUUGUGAACGCCGCCCUGGCCUCCGGGAAGUCGGCGCUGCACCUGGCGGCGGAGCGGGGGGACAAGGUGCUGCCGCUGCUGCUGAAGGCACGGGCGAGUUUGGACGCGGCCACCUCCAGCGGGCGCACGGCGCUACACCUAGCGGUGGAGCACGACCAGGAGCAGGCGCUGCAGGUGCUGUGCGCACAUCCAGGCACAAAGGUGCGACACUUGCUGCAACAGACGCCCAAUGGAGCUUCACCCAUUUGUCUGGCCGAGCGCCGUGGCAAGCCGUCCUUGAUCUUGCCCAUGCUGCGGUGUUACCACCGACACCUGCGAGAGCGGUAUCUGGCCGGCAAGCUGGGGGAUGCCGGGGACCGCAUCAGCGACCCCUCCCUCACUGCCAUGUGCCUCAAGUACCGGGACACGCUCUUCCUGAAUGACGGCGAGGCAGCCGCCAAGGUGGUGUCGCAAUCGGCCAAGGUGGCUUGCCUGCAGCUGGCCCCAGAGAAGGAGGAGGAGGACAAGCUCCAGAGGUACCAGCGGGUCAUGGAGCGGACAAGGAGCGGUGCCGACGGGGGUGUCUCGGGCCGUGGGCGCUUGCGUUCGCAGCUGGACUUGCACCUCCAGCGGGCGCGGUCCUUCAGCCGAGACGAGCCAAAGGGGCGGAAGCCCUGGGGUGCUGCGGUGGUGCGGCAGCGCCCACCCUCUGCCAGCCCGGCUUCUGCAAAUCGAGGCCAAGGCACCACCACCUGCCCGCCCUCCUCCCAGCUGCCGCGGGUACCGCGGCCAAAGGCGCAGGCUGCAGGAGCGUUGCACGGGUCGCCGCUGCAGGCUCUGCAGGGUCUGCAGGGUCUGCAGCGGUCGGCGGGGUCGCGGAGGGAGGUGCUGGCCAUGGCGGCGGAGGAUGAGAUGCAGGACCUUCUGCGGGACUUCUUGUCGGAAGGGGAGGAGCCAGAGGCGGCGCUAUCGGCGAUGGCUGGCAGCGGGCACCUGGAGAUGUACUCUUCAGAUGAAGAGCCAUGACUGGGCCCCAAAGUGGGCGAUGCCGCGGAAAUCGCGCGGCGAACACAGUUGCGCGGCGGGGCUUGGAGGGUCGCAAGUUUCCGGCGAGUGCCCGUCUCUCUGAGCGCCGAAUUGCUGUACCCACGCUCCAAAUUGAGAUGACA